ACUCGGAGACUCGGCAUCUCCAAUGUCGAUGGUGCUCGAACCCGAUGGUGACCCAGCUUUACCCCCACUUUUCGACUGAGCCAGGAGAUCCUGUAAUCUUCUCUUCUAAUCUACCAGCUAGCUGCCUGACCUGUGAGCUGGAAGCAGGGGCUGAAAUUGUGCAAAAGCUAGAAGGGGAGAAAACCGGAACCUGACGUGUCUGAGUGGAGAGCAAACAAAACCAGGCAUCAUGUCUCUCUCACAGAUCACCCCCUUUCUAUUCAUUAGCGGAUCCGAUGUUCCCCAAAACGAGCGCCUGCUGUCUUCCAAGGGGAUCACUCUGAUAGUCAACGCCACUCUGGCUCACGUUACCCCAGUGUACCGCGGGGUGCAGUCGCUCAGGGUGCCCGUCUCGGACCUCCCUCAUGCCAGGCUGAGUGAUUACUUUGAGAAUGUGGCGCACCGCAUUCACACCAAUCGUGGCGGCUGCACACUGGUGCACUGCGCGGCAGGGAUGAGCCGCUCACCUGCCCUUGUCAUGGCAUACCUCAUGAGGUACCAGGGGGUCACCCUGCGCGAGGCACACUCCUGGGUCAAAGGUCGGCGUCCCCACAUCCGGCCCAAUGCUGGAUUCUGGAGGCAGCUGCUGGACUACGAGAGGAGGCUUUUCGGCAAGAACACUGUCAAGAUGGAGUCCACUCCUCUAGGGGUCCUGCCAGAGGCCAAGGCACAGGAGAAUGGCCAGAGAUACUGCCUGAACUGGUGAGACUCAAGGACAUACAAGCAAUGAUGUAGCUGGGCUGUGCCGUACGUGACAGAUUCAUUUGUAAAACAGAAGAUCGGACUGACCUGGUUAAUCAAAGGUGCAUGCUUCACAAUGAAAAGUCUCAAAAGAGAAGACUAAUUGUAGGCCAUUCUGGAGCUUUCCACCCUAUUCAAAGCAUUAACCACUGUGCUAAGUUGGCACCAGAUUUGUUCUGAAAAUAAAACAAAACAGUGAUGUCAAAAUGCUUCAAAUAAAACAACUCAACAGGUUCCUAUACGCACCUUAGUUGAUACUUGGUAAUUCUGCAAGAUCAGCAGUUUGUUUUUCAUUUGUAUCUAAAAGACAGUGGUAAAUGCAUUAUCAUGGCAUAAUAGUUAAAGAAUGGUCACAUAUCUUUCCAGAAUAAUUUCCACAGCUUUCAAAUCGGUCUUGUCCUGGCUGUCCACAUCCUGUUGACAGUGUUAUGAUGACUGAUGUUUAUUUUGGUACCACUUUGCAUGUAUUUGAAGAUGGGAAGAUAAUUUUUUCAGGUUUAGCAAGACGGCACUCAGUGGGUCUAAACAGGGUCAAAUGGGCAAUGCCCCAGUCAUCUGUCUCAAUACGUGUUAGAUGGCUGUGUAUAUAUAAAGUGCAAAAACAUAACAGUACCUUUAUAAAUGAUAUAGUGUAUAUGCUCGAUAGUGCGCCAGGGUGCUUAUUCUUUUCUCAAUCUUUACCUGGGCGUCUAUUUGAGAGAUGGUGUUAAUUGACCUCCACAAUCAUCCAUGCAGCACCACUUGGGUUUAACUAUAUCUAUAAGUCGAAGCAUCCCACAACAGCCUACACGACCGGGAUACAGUAUUGCAAUUCCUAAAGUUAAAGACUGUCUAGCGGCUCAGACAAGCCUCACACUCAGGUUUCGCACUUGAUGCUAUGUUUAAUUUUAAACAGGCUACAAAUAUAGAUUCAUAAUAUCUAUUUAAAAUACAGUAACUGACCAGAACAGGCAUACAAAGAAUGCACUUAUAGGGAGUCACCUAUCUGUUGUUCAGUCUAUAUUUCCUUAAAUAAGGCAACUUGUCAGUACAUUUCAGUGAAUGUGUGGGAUUCUAGCUAAACUCGCCGUUUUGUUAUUAAAAUCGUUGUAUUUUGUGUAUUUAUGUAGUAUAUCACAACUUAUUUGCCAUAGUACAGCCCUGUAACAUUUCAACCAUGGCUACUGUAAAUCCUACUACAAGUUGCAGGAAAAUUAUGAAGACAAGAGCGGUGACUCGCUCAUUGUUCUCGUUUAAAUAAGCAUUUUAUACCAUAUUAAAUACAUGAGGAAUUACCAUGGCAUGGUUAAAGUGAAACUGUUGUAAUGCCUAAUCGUAGGACGCUGUCGGAAGCUUGCCCGUGAGCUCAAAGUGGAAGUUGGGGAAUAAAACAGAAAUUAAUAGAAAUCUAUUUUUGUAACGCUGUGUCACAAAAUAACUAAGUUUGCUUACGUUUGUACAUAUGCCAUCACCACAAAAUAUAGAAAGCAGGGGUUACUUCAUUCCCCAAACGCUAUUUCCUUUGAAUUUAAAUCUUCUAGCUCCUGUUGUUUUCACCAAGAAAAGGGAGACAUGGACUUUUUUCUUAACUUACCGUUAGGGUGCAACAAUUAAUCGAUGAAUAGAUUUCUGACCAUCUGCCCUUGAAUUUCCCGAGCUUCUAUUACAUAUUGGUGAAUGGAUGCAUCAAAUUAGAACUCAGUUAGAUAUCACCUAUUGCCGGUAUGCAUUAAAACCAUGAGUGUGUGAGUGCGCUUCUUUUAUUGGCAGUACGGUAGAUUAGCGCGUUGCUAGGAUACACACUUUAGGCUUCUGCAUUCCCAUGGGAUAAGCCAAAUCACAAGUAGGCAUAUUGUAUUCACGUUUUCUUGAUUUUUUUUUAAUUUAUUUUUUUUAUUAUAUACGGUUACAUUUUAAACAUCGGUUAAAAUGAAAGACAAACUAUCUGAUACAAUUCAAGUUUUAUUCAACCGCGUCAUAUCAAACACCUGCACAACCGAAAUGCUGUAUUUAAAUGAACAGUUAAACAUAAAAGGGUUUGUUUUCUAACUUAAAAAAAGAAAAGCUGUAAUAAAUCUUUCAAAAGAAAAUUAGUGUGCAUUCCUUGUACGAAACGAAGGAAUUGGUGCCUGCCAAGUCCAGUUACAAAAUACUUUUGUUUUUACCGUUUUGUAUGUACAUAUACCCGUUUACACUAGUUUGUUUUGAAAUCUU